AAAUUCCAAUGUCCAAGCUCGCAGUUUACGUGUAAAAAUUCGAGAUGCAUUCCAUCAAGUUGGAGAUGUGAUAAAGACAGUGAUUGCAAUGACGGAGAACCCGGAGGAAUCGGAUCCGAUGAAAUCGACUGUGCUGUAACAUGUUCUGAUGAAGAUCAAUUCCGUUGUGACAAUGGACAGUGUAUCUCAAGUCGUUGGCAAUGUGAUCGAGAUACUGACUGCAGAGAUGGCUCGGACGAAAAACCAGAAUUCUGUGCCAAUAAGACUUGUAAAGAAGAUCAGUUUCAAUGUGGAAAUGGGGCGUGUAUACCGAGGGCUUGGAUGUGUGAUGGACAGACGGACUGUGCUGAUGAUGAAGCGGAUGAGAAAAAUGAAGAAUGCACCAAAGUAACUUGUAAAGAAGGUGAAUUUGCGUGUAAAAAUGGCCGCUGUAUCGAAGAAAGAUGGAUGUGUGAUCAAGAUGAUGAUUGUUACGACAAAUCAGACGAGGAUCCAAAACUUUGUCCUGUCCAGAGUUGUGAAACAGAUGAAUUUCAAUGUGAAAAUAAGUUGUGUGUGAAAAGUUCCUGGGUUUGCGAUGGUGAUUUAGAUUGUAAGGACGGCUCGGAUGAAAAGAAUUGUAGCGACACAGCAUUGAUUGGCUCGAAAUGUUCUAAAACUGAGUUUGUGUGUAACGGAACCUUUGAAUGUAUCCAUAUGUCAUGGAGAUGUGAUGGUGAUGCUGACUGUACAGAUGAAUCUGAUGAACAUGAUUGUGUAAUAACUUGUCGAAGUGAUCAGUUUAUGUGUGUUGAGGAAAGUUAUUGUAUUUCUGAUGUUUUAAAAUGUGACGGCAAUCCUGAUUGUAAUGAUAAUUCUGAUGAAGAGGGUUGUCCUACACAGUGUAAGAAGAAUGAGUUUGAUUGUCAAGGAAACGGUAAAAAAUGUAUCCCCAUGCAUAAAGUCUGUAACCAUCAGAAUGACUGUGGAAUGUUUGAGGAUGAAGAUCCAGAGAGAUUUAACUUUGAUCCAUGUGAAGAUAAAAACAAUCGUUGUAACCAAGUAUGUGUUAACGACUAUCAAGGGGGAUAUAUCUGUCAAUGUCAUAAAGGUUUCAAACUCAACACCACUACUGAAUGUAUAGAUAUCAACGAAUGUGAGACACCUGGAACCUGCUCUCAACUCUGUACCAAUACCAAGGGAUCAUUUAAAUGUAGCUGUGAAGAAGGAUAUAUGUUAGACGAAAAUAAACAUUGCCGUGUUGAUGGUAAAGGCCCACAACUCUUACUGGCUAAUCGUAAAGAUCUACGAAGAAUUGAUAUCGCUGAUCAGAGGAAGUUUGAUUAUUCGUUGUUGGUGAAAGAUGCCAGUGUCGAGUGUGCCAUUGCCGUGGAUUAUGAUAUCAGAAAUAACAAAGUUUACUGGACUGACGUCAGUAUGGAAAAGAUUUUAAGUGCUGAUAUAGAUGAUAAUACAACAGUAACUACAGUGGCUGAUACCUUCGUAAAUACACCAGACGGUAUCGCAGUUGAUUGGAUCCACAAACAUCUUUACUGGACUGAUACAGGCUAUAAUAAAAUAGAAGUCUCAACACUAGAUGGUAAAAUGAGACGUGUUUUAAUUGAUAGUGAUUUAGAUGAACCUAGAGCUAUUGUCUUGGAUCCUUCUAAUGGUUAUAUGUACUGGACUGAUUGGGGUGAGAAUCCCAAGAUUGAGAAAUGUGGAAUGGAUGGCAGCAACAGACAAGUUAUUAUUCAGAAUAAACCUAAACAGAAUAUUGUUAUUGAAUGGCCCAACGGUAUCACUAUUGAUUAUGUAAAUGAAAGACUAUUAUGGUUGGAUGCCAAAUUACAUAAAAUAGUAAGCAGUGAUUAUGAAGGAAAUGACUUACGACUUGUUCAUUCUUCUCAUGCUGACGUCCACCAUCCAUACGGAAUUGCUGUUUUUGAAGACUUCAUCUACUACACAGACUGGAAAUCUGAAUCAGUACGGAAAAUGAACAAAUUUGGAAUUGGUAAACCAACAGUAGUUGCUUUAGAUCUGAACGAACCCACUGAUGUUCAUAUCUUUCACGAAUACAAACAACCACAAUGGUCCAACAGAUGCCCAGCAGAUCAUGGCUGCCAACAUUUCUGUCUACCCAGUCCUUCUGAUGUUAAAUAUAGCUGUGUCUGCCAAAAUGAUUUCAAUUUGAAUAUUGAUAAGAAAACGUGCUCUGAAAUUCGUAAACAAUCAUUACCCACUGAGAAAUCCCAGUUCUGUCUGUUUAGCCAUGUUAUAUUUUCUAUUUUUCAGAUCUUAUUUGUGUUCUUCAAAAGAUUACGACGAAAAAAUAUUAAGAGUAUGAAUUUUGAUAAUCCUGUCUACCGUAAAACAACAGAAGAACAAUUUGCUAUUGAUAAAGCCAAUAAAUUACCUCCUGUAAGUUUAUAUCUUGUAUUCUUAAUAUUAUUGAUAAUAGCGUCAUCUGCUUAUUCUGGAAGCUGA